AUGCCGCGUCGAAGCCCCAGGGGGAAUUUGAGGGACGAGAGAAGACGGUGGAAGAGACCGUCUGCUUCGAGCGAAGCAAGGGUGCGUUGGAAUCGACGCCAGAAGACGCAGCGGAAACCAGGGUUAAUCAGUUCUCGGCGAUCAUAG